AUCGCGUUUCUGCCGGCAGUCAGUGGUGGCUUCCAGAGUCUGAGCAGGCUCCUUCACAGCCAUGGCUGAGGGCGGAGAAGGGGAAGACGAGAUCCAGUUCUUGAGAACUGACGACGAGGUCGUGCUCCAGUGUGUGGCCACCAUCCAGAAGGACCAUUGCAAGUUUUGCCUGGCCGUCGAGGGACUUGGAAACCGGGUGUGUUACCUGGAACCCACAUCUGAAGCCAAGAAUGUUCCUCCAGACUUGUGUGUUUGUAACUUUGUGUUGGAGCAGUCCCUGUCGGUGCGGGCCCUGCAGGAGAUGCUGGCUAAGACUGGGCCGAACAGCGAAGGGAGGUUGAUUAAAAGGGCGGGUCAUGGGGGCGGACACCGGACUCUCCUCUACGGUCAUGCCAUCCUCCUUCGCCACUCCUUCAGUGAUAUGUACCUGACCUGUUUGAAGACAUCAAGGUCUCUGACGGACAAGCUGUCAUUUGAUGUCGGACUACAAGAAGAUUCAAUAGGAGAGGCCUGCUGGUGGACCAUCCACCCGGCGUCCAAGCAGAGAUCCGAGGGAGAGAAAGUCCGCAUUGGAGACGACCUGAUCCUAGUCAGCGUGUCGACAGAGAGAUACCUGCACCUGUCUAUGUCCAAUGGCAACAUCCAGGUGGAUGCCUCCUUCAUGCAGACCCUGUGGAACGUCCAGCCUACCUGCUCUUCAGGCAACAUGGCUGUAGGGUAUUUGACUGGUGGACACGUGAUGCGUCUUUGUCAUGGGCAUGAUGAGAGCUUGACCAUCCCUGGAGCAGACAAGAGCGAGGAGGAGAAUCGGAUAGUCAACUAUGAAGCGGGUAAGGGAGCGUCAAGGGCCCGCUCACUUUGGAGACUGGAGCCUCUCAGGAUCAGCUGGAGCGGUAGCCACAUUCGCUGGGGUCAGGCCUUCCGACUACGUCACCUCGCUACUGGCCAUUACCUGGCCCUGAGUCAGGACUGUGGACUGGUCCUGCAGUACAGGUUGAAGUCCGACACCAAGGCCACUUCCUUCUGCUUCAGGCCUUCCAAGGAAAAGGGUGACUCGGGUCCAAAGAGGGACAUUGACGGCAUGGGAGUGCCAGAGAUCAAGUACGGAGACUCUAUGUGCUUCGUCAUGCAUGUGGAGACAGGACUGUGGCUGUCUUAUCUGGCGCCUGAUGCCAAAUCAUCUCGCCUAGGACCGCUGAAAAGAAGGGCCUGCCUGCAUUCUGAGGGCCACAUGGACGAUGGGCUUAUCCUGCAGCGCUGUCAGCAUGAGGAGUCUCGGGCUGCCCGCAUCAUCCGCAACACCACGAUCCUCUUUACCAACUUUAUUAACGCUUUGGACAGCAUUGCGGAGAGGGAGUCCAUGGCGGUGGCUGGGUAUGUUGAAGAGGUGCUGCAAACACUGAAUGACCUGAUCGAGUACUUCAAACAGCCCGAUUCAGAGCUGGAGCACGAGGAGAAACAGUGUCUUCUCCGUUCAGUCAUCAAACGACAAGACCUCUUCAAAGAUGAGGGCAUGCUGGCACUGCUAUCCAAAUGCAUCGACCGGAUGAACCUCUACAACAACGCUGCCCACUUCGGAGAGAUGGCAGGGGAGGAGGCAGGCGCGGCGUGGAAGGACAUUCUCAAUCUCCUCUAUGAGCUCUUAGCUGCGCUGAUUCGUGGGAACAGGACCAACUGCACCCAGUUUUCCCGGAACUUGGACUGGUUGGUCAGCAAACUGGAGCGACUGGAAUCUUCAUCAGGGAUCCUGGAAGUCCUCCACUGUAUUUUGUUAGAAAGUCCGGAGGCUCUGAACAUCAUUCAGAGAGGUCACAUUAAAUCCAUCAUCUCUCUGCUCUACAAGCAUGGACGCAACCAUAAGAUUCUGGAUGUCUUGUGUUCCCUCUGUGUUUGUAACGGGGUGGCAGUGAGAGCCAACCAGAAUCUGAUCUGUGACAACCUGCUUCCCAAGAGGGACCUGCUGCUUCAGACUCGACUAGUCAAUGAUGUUCAGAGUAUGAGGCCGAACAUCUUCCUGGGCGUGGCUGAAGGUUCAGCUCAGUACAAGAAGUGGUACUUUGAGCUGGUGAUCGACCAGGUGGACCACUUUUUAACUGGCCAGCCGACACACCUGAGGGUAGGCUGGGCCAACACUAAAGGCUACGCUCCGUACCCCGGUGGAGGAGAAGGAUGGGGUGGCAAUGGUGUCGGGGAUGACCUGUACUCUUACAGCUUUGAUGGACUUCAUCUCUGGUCAGGGCGAAUCCCGAGGGCCGUGGCCUCCGUCAACCAGCACCUGCUGAACUCAGACGAUGUGGUCAGCUGCUGUCUGGAUUUGGGCGCUCCCAGCAUGUCCUUCAGGAUCAACGGGCAGCCUGUCCAGGGCAUGUUCGAGGACUUUAACACCGAUGGAUUCUUCUUCCCUGUCGUCAGCUUCUCUGCAGGUGUCAAAGCCCGUUUCCUGUUGGGUGGACGCCACGGAGAUUUCAAGUUCCUGCCACCCGCUGGUUACUCUCCGUGCUAUGAGGCGCUGUUGCCCAAAGAGAAGAUGCAUGUAGAGCCUGUGAAGGAUUACAAGAGGGACCAUGAUGGGGUUCGUGACCUGCUGGGAAACACCAAGUUCCUCUCUCAGGCCUCCUUCGUCCCCACUCCAGUUGACACCAGCCAGAUUGUUCUUCCCCCUCACCUGGACAACGUCCGGGACAAACUGGCAGAAAACAUCCACGAGCUGUGGGGGAUGAACAAGAUUGAACUAGGCUGGACCUAUGGCAAGGUUCGGGAUGACAACAAGAGGCAGCACCCUUGCCUUGUGGAUUUCGGAAAGCUGCCUGAAACUGAAAGGAACUACAACGUGCAGAUGUCGAGUGAAACACUUAAGACCCUGUUGGCUCUUGGAUGCCAUGUUGCCCAGGUCUAUGUUAACGCUGAGGAUGACCUGAAGAAAAUCAAACUUCCCAAAGACUACAUGAUGUCUAAUGGUUAUAAGCCUGCGCCACUUGAUCUCACUGACGUGAAACUGACUGCAGGUCAGGAGGUUCUGGUUGAUAAACUAGCCGAGAAUGCACACAACGUGUGGGCCAAAGACAGAAUUAAACAAGGAUGGACCUAUGGCAUCCAGCAGGAUCUGAAGAGCAGGCGUAAUCCCCGCUUGGUGCCAUAUGCUUUUCUGGACGAGCGCACUAAGAAAUCUAACAGAGACAGUUUGAGAGAGGCCAUCAGGACCAUGGUUGGAUAUGGAUAUGACAUUGACCCCCCAGACCAGGAGGCCCUCCAUGCGGUUAAUGAUCAGAGCGUCAACAACAUCCGCUUCUUCCGUGUGGAGCAGACGUAUGCAGUGAAGACGGGAAAGUGGUACUUUGAGUUUGAGGCACUGAGUGGAGGUGAUAUGAGGGUUGGCUGGGCCAGACCAGGCUGCAGGCCCGAUGUGGAACUAGGAACAGAUGACCAGGCCUUCGUCUUCGACGGAUACAUGGGUCGACGAAUGCACGCAGGCAGCCGCUACUUUGGACAGCCUUGGAAAAAGGGCGACGUGGUCGGUUGCAUGAUCAACAUGGAGGACAAAUCCAUGAUUUUCACCCUGAACGGAGAGCUCAUGAUCACCAGCAAAGGCUCCGAGCUUGCCUUCGCUGACUUUGAGACGGAGGACGGUUUCAUCCCUGUGUGCAGUAUGGGCACGUCUCAGAUUGGACAUAUGAACCUGGGCAAGAACGCCAGUGCUUUUAAGUACUACACCAUGUGUGGUCUCCAGGAAGGCUUUGAGCCCUUCGGUGUCAACAUGAACAGAGAUAUCACCAUGUGGUUCAGCAAGCGCCUUCCCACCUUCGUCAACAUACCCCAAGGCCACAUGCAUAUCGAGGUGACAAGGAUUGACGGAACGGUAGACAGCCCUCCCUGCCUUAAGGUCACCCACAAGACGUUUGGCACGCAGAACAGCAACAGUGACAUGGCCUACUGUAGAAUGAGCAUGCCCGUGGAGUUCUACUCUGCAGACCAGAUACUGGACGAAUCACGAAAACUCAGCCAUCCUCCAAGAGAAGAUGGAACUGUUGACUAUGGAAGCAUCACGACUUACUACCACUCAGUGAGAGUGUUUGCUGGACAAGACCCUGCGUCGGUGUGGGUUGGCUGGGUCACACCGGACUAUCAUUACUACAGCAAGAACUUCAGCCUCAGCAAGACCCGAACAGUCACCGUCACUCUGGGAGAUGAGAGGGGCCGAGUCCACGAGAGUGUCCAGAGGAGCAACUGCUACAUGGUGUGUGGAGCGGACGCGGUCGGCCCGUCUUCCUCCAGCCGCUCCAACUCUGACCUGGAGAUCGGCUGUCUGAUCGACCUGGCCACUGGCCUCGUCUCUUUCACUGCCAACGGCAAGGCGCUGUCCACAACAUAUCAGGUGGAGCCAAAUACUAAGCUCUUCCCAGCUGUGUUUGUACGCCCUACCAGUGCAAACCUCUUCCAGUUUGAAUUUGUCAAGAUCAAGGAUGCGAUGCCGCUCUCGUCUGCCAUAUUCAAGAGUGAGCACAGGAACCCGGUGCCGCAGUGCCCGCCCCGUCUGGAUGUGCAGACCAUCGUGGCCGUGCUGUGGAGCCGGAUGCCCAACACCUUCCUCCACGUGGAAACUGCUCGGGUCAGCGAGAGGCAUGGCUGGGUGGUCCAGUGCCUGGAACAGCUGGAGAUGUUGGCCGUACAUAUACCUGAAGAGAACAGGUGUUUGGACAUCCUGGAGUUAUCUGAACAUGAAGACCUGAGAAAGUUCCACUACCACACACUGAAGCUGUACUGUGCCCUCUGUGCCCUGGGAAACACCCGCGUUGCUCACGCCCUCUGCAGUCACUUAGACCAAUCACAGCUCCUCAACACCAUCGACAACCAGUACCUCUCCGGCAUGCUGAGAGACGGCUUCUACAAUGUACUAAUCAGCAUUCAUCUUGAGACGGCAAAGGAGGCUCGCCUGAUGAUGAACAACGAGUUCAUCAUCCCUGUGACGGACGAGACUCGCUCCAUCAAGCUGUUCCCUGAUGAGUCCAAGCGGCACUCGCUGCCUGGCGUGGACUUGAGCACCUCCCUCAAACCUCGGGUCAACUUCUCCGCCGUCGGCAUCAUCAACACAAAGCACGCCCAGUACCUUUACAGCCCCCAGAUCCCUCUGGGCACCCUGAAAGAGAAAGCCAUCAGCAUGCUCUCUGAGGCUGUGCAGGGCGGAGGCACACACAUCCGUGACCCGGUAGGCGGCAGCGUGGAGUACCAGUUUGUCCCCAUCCUGAAGCUGAUUGGAACGCUUUUAAUCAUGGGAGUCUUAACCAGUGAGGAGGUGCGACUGAUUCUCCUCCUGAUUGACCCCAACGUGUUCGGGGAGACCAAGGAGGGAGAAGAGGCUAAGGGCGAUGAGGUGGCCGUGACGGGGGAGAAGGAGGAUGUCAGCAAGAAUGAGGAGAAGGCUGUGGAGGCUGGAGAGGAGGAAACAAAUGAAAGUAAACCGCAAGUUAGAGGUCUGUUGGAGAAGUCCCUGCCCGAGUCUGUCAAACGCCAGAUGUGUGAGCUGCUGCACUACUUCUGUGACUGUGAGCUGAAGCAACGCAUCGAGGCCAUUGUCUCCUUCUCCGACAGCUUCGUGUCCAAGCUGCAGUUCAACCAGAAGUUCCGCUACAAUGAGCUGAUGCUGGCGUUCAACAUGUCCGCCGCCAUCACUGCCAAGAAGACUAAAGAGUUCCGUUCACCCCCACAUGAGCAGAUCAACAUCCUGUUGAAUUUCACUGCAGGGGAGGACUGCCCAUGUCCUGAGCAGAUCCAGGAAGAACUCAACUCCUUCCAUGAAGAAUUGCGACUGCACUGUGGAAUUCCCGUGGAGGAGGAUGAGGAAGAGCAGGACACUUCGAUAAAAGGCCGUCUCCUCGCUUUAGUCUACAAAAUCAAAGGUCCGCCUCAGAAGACAGAGAAGGAACCCACAGAGACGGAGCAGGCUGCUCCCACUAACCUGAAGGAGCUGAUCUCCCAGACCAUAACCAGCUGGGCUCAGGAGUCUCACAUGCAGGACCCAGAGCUGGUCAGAGUGAUGUUCAGCCUGCUAAGGAGGCAGUAUGACGGCAUCGGGGAGCUGCUCCGGGCCAUGAAGAAAUCCUACACCAUCAGCGCCGCCUCCGUGCAGGAUGCUAUUAACCUGCUGGUAUCUCUGGGUCAAAUUAGGUCUCUGUUGUCGGUACGCAUGGGCAAGGAGGAGGAGAAACUCAUGAUUGAUGGGCUCGGUGACAUCAUGAACAACAAGGUUUUCUACCAACAUCCCAACUUGAUGAGAGUGCUGGGCAUGCACGAGACCGUCAUGGAGGUCAUGGUCAACGUUCUGGGAGGUGACAAGUCGCAGGAGAUCGCCUUCCCGAAAAUGGUGGCCAGCUGUUGUCGUUUCUUGUGCUACUUCUGUCGUAUUAGCCGCCAGAACCAGAAAGCCAUGUUUGACCACCUGAGCUACCUGCUGGAGAACAGCAGUGUCGGGCUGGCCUCUGAAGCUAUGCGCGGCUCCACUCCGCUGGAUGUGGCAGCAUCUUCAGUGAUGGACAACAACGGCCUGGCUUUGGCCCUGGAGGAGCCUGACUUGGAGAAGGUGGUGAGAUAUCUGGCAGGCUGUGGUCUUCAGAGUUGUGCCAUGCUGGUUGCUAAAGGUUACCCAGACCUCGGCUGGAACCCCAUAGAGGGCGAGCGCUACUUGUCCUUCCUGAGGUUCGUCGUCUUCUGCAAUGGUGAGAGUGUGGAAGAAAAUGCCAACGUGGUGGUGAAGCUGCUGAUCAGACGCCCCGAGUGUUUCGGCCCCGCCCUGAGGGGAGAGGGAGGUCAGGGUUUGCUGGCUGCCAUGAAUGAGGCCAUCAAGAUCUCUGACGAUCCUGCCCUGGACCUGCCCAAGACUCUCUCUGUGGUCACUAAUGGGUCUGGUGAGGAAGAAGGGGAAGUUAUUCACAUGGGCAACGCCAUCAUGUCCUUCUACUCGGCUCUUAUUGACCUGCUGGGACGCUGCGCUCCAGAGAUGCAUCUUAUCAAUGCGGGUAAAGGUGAAGCGCUGCGUAUCCGAGCCAUCUUGCGCUCUCUGGUUCCCACCACUGACCUGGUGGGCAUCAUCAGCAUCCCCCUCAAAAUGCCUGUGCUUAAUAAAGAUGGUACACUGACGGAACCUGACAUGUCAGCCUGUUUCUGUCCGGACCACAAGGCCUCCAUGGUGCUCUUCCUGGAACGAGUGUACGGCAUCGAGGACCAGAGCUUCCUGCUCCACAUGUUGGAGGUCGGCUUCCUGCCUGACCUGCGAGCCUCUGCGUCUCUCGACACGGAGGUGUUGAGCACCACCGAGACGGCGUUGGCCAUGAACAGGUACAUCGGCUCGGCCCUGCUGCCUCUGCUCACCCGCUGUGCCGCUCUCUUCAGCAACACGGAGCACUACGCACAGCUGAUUGACUCCACGCUGCAGACAAUCUACCGGCUGUCCAAAGGACGCUCGCUCACCAAAGCCCAAAGGGACGCCAUCGAGGAGUGUCUGCUGGCUAUCUGCAAGCACCUGCGUCCCUCCAUGAUGCAGCAGCUACUCAGGCGGCUGGUGUUCGACGUUCCUAUGCUCACUGAAUACUGCAAGAUACCUAUAGGGCUUCUGACCAACCACUAUGAGCAGAACUGGAAGUACUAUUGCCUGCCUUCUGGUAUGGCCAGCUUUGGCAUAGCCUCCGAGGAGGAGCUCCUCCUUACCAAGAAACUCUUCUGGGGAAUCUUUGACUCCCUGUCUCAGAAGAAGUACGAUGCGGACCUUUUCAAAAGUGCCAUGUCAUGCCUGUGUGCCAUCGCUGGAGCCUUGCCUCCCGACUUUGUGGAUGCCAGUCUCGGAGCAACACUGGAGAAACAGGCAUCAGUGGAUGCACAGGGCAACUUUGAUCCUAAACCCAUUAACACCGCCAAUAUCUCUCUUCCUGAAAAGCUUGAGUACAUUGCCAACAAAUAUGCAGAGCAUUCCCAUGACAAGUGGUCCUCGGAGAAGGUGUCAAUAGGCUGGAAACAUGGAGACAGCCUGGACGAGCAGGCCAAAACCCAUCCACUGCUGAAGCCUUACAAAGCUCUGAGUGAGAAGGAGAGAGAAACAUACCGCUGGCCAGUGAGAGAGUCAUUGAAGAGCAUGCUGGCUAUGGGCUGGAACAUUGAGAGGACCAAGGAAGGAGACGCCAUGUUCCAACAACGACAAAGUGAAAAACAGCGAAAGACCUCUGAGUCUCAGAUUAAUGGAUUCAGUCCUGCUCCAAUGGAACUGCACAAUGUCACUUUGUCUAGAGAGCUACAGGGCAUGGUGGAGGUUGUAGCAGAAAACUACCACAGUAUCUGGGCCAAGAAGAAGAAAACUGAACUCGUUAGCAAAGGAGGAGGGACCCAUCCGCUGCUGGUUCCCUAUGACACCCUGACAGCUAAAGAGAAGUACAGAGACCGAGAGAAGGCCCAGGAGCUCUUCAGAUUUCUGCAGAUCAGUGGCUAUGCCAUCAUAAGAGGUCAGAAAGACAUGGAGCAGGACUCUUCAUCCAUGGAGAAGCGUUUCUCCUACAAGUUCCUCAAAAGGCUACUGAAGUACAUCGACUCUGCCCAGGAAUUUAUCGCUCAUCUUGAGGCUAUGGCCACUAGUGGGAAGACGGACAAAUCACCUCAUGACCAGGAAAUCAAGUUCUUUGCCAAGGUGUUGCUUCCUCUGAUGGAUCAAACUUUCAAGAACCACUGUCUCUACUUCCUGUCCACGCCCAGCAAGAGCCUGAGCAGCUGUGGCUGUGCUUCUAACAAAGAGAAAGAGAUGGUCACCAGCUUGUUCUGUAAGCUGGCAGCUCUUGUCAGACACAGGAUUUCUCUCUUUGGAAGUGACUCUGCAAUGAUGGUGAGCUGUCUGGACAUUCUCUCCCACACACUUGACACCAGAACGGUGAUGAAGUCCGGCUCAGAGCUGGUCAAAGCCGGGUUUCGGACUUUAUUUGAGAGCGCGGCAGAGGACCUGGAGAAGCUGCUAGAGAUGCUAAAACUGGGGAAGUUCAUGCAGUCCCGUGCCCAGAUGAAGAGCGUCACACAGAGCAUCAACUAUGUGACUGUGGCACUGCUGCCCAUCCUCACUGCCAUCUUUGAGCACAUCACAACAUACGAGUUUGGACUGGACCUGCUGUUGGAUGAUGUGCAGCUGUCCUGCUACCGAAUCUUGACUUGUUUCUACUGUCUGGGAACAGGAAAGAACAUCUUCGUGGAGAGGCAUCUUCCAGUGCUGGGGGAGAGCCUGGCGACCCUGGUGGGAGCCAUGCCCGUGGCGUUCCUGGAGCCCCACCUAAACGCCCACAACCCUCUGUCUGUCUUCAACACAAAGACCCCCCGAGAGAGAGCCAUCCUGAGUAUGCCGGACAAAGUGGAGGAGAUGUCUCCGGAGAUGCCUCGUCUUGACAGACUGCUGAAAGAUGUCAGCGACGUCUCAGAGUCUGGUGCUCGCUACAGCGACAUGCCAGAGGUCAUUGAGGUGGUCCUUCCCAUGCUGUGUAACUAUCUGUCCUACUGGUGGGAGAAAGGUUCGGAGAACUCUCCUACAGGUGCCCAGUGCUGCACUAUGGUGACUUCUGAACACCUCAGCUUAAUCUUGGGAAACAUCCUCAAGAUCCUGAACAACAACCUGGGCAUCGACGACGCCCCCUGGAUGAAGAGGAUUGCAGUUUACUCUCAGCCAAUCAUCUGCAAGGCUGGAGCAGAUCUGCUGAGGACCCACUUCCUGCCCACACUGGACAAACUGAGGCAGAAGACAGUGAAGGUUGUGGCUGAAGAGGAGCUGCUGAAGGCCGACAGUAAAGGUGACAACCAGGAGGCCGAGCUGCUCAUCCUGGAUGAGUUUGCUGUGCUCUGCAGAGACCUCUACGCCUUCUACCCCAUGCUCAUCCGUUAUGUGGACAACAACAGGUCCAGGUGGCUGAAGCAGCCGGACGGAGACUCCAACGAGCUCUUCAGGAUGGUGGCGGAGAUCUUCAUCCUCUGGUGCAAGUCCCAUAACUUUAAGCGCGAGGAGCAAAACUUUGUGGUUCAGAAUGAGAUCAAUAAUUUGGGCUUCCUGACUGGAGAGGGCAAGGCGAAGAUGUCCAAGUCUGGGGGCGACCAGGAGAGGAAACACAAGCGGCGUCGAGGCGAGUACUACUCCAUCCAGACCUCCCUUAUCGUCGCUGCCCUGAAGAAAUUGCUCCCCAUCGGCCUCAACAUGUGCACCCCAGGAGACCAGGAGCUCAUCUCCCUCGCCAAGAUACGCUACAGUCUGAAAGACACAGAUGAUGAGGUGAAGGAACACUUGCGUCAGAAUUUCCAUCUUCAGGACAAGUCCGAUGACCCAGCGGUUCAGUGGCAGCUGAACUUGUACCACGACGUGGUGGUGAAGAGCGAGGAACCUGCAAACUCGGAACACACAGUGGACCGAGUGCAGAGCAUCUCAGCUGCAGUCUUCCACCUGGAGCAGGUGGAGCAGCCUCUGAGAAAUAAGAAGUGUUUCCGGCAGAAGCUCCUGUCCAAACAGCGUAAGCGUGCUGUGGUGGCGUGUUUCCGCAUGGCUCCACUCUACAAUCUACCCAGAUACAAAAAUAAUAAUUACUUCCUGAAUGGCUAUCGGGAGGUUUGGCUGGAAAGGGCAUUCAAAGCCUCCAGCUUUGACCGCCUGUUCUCCCUGCUGACGAAAACCCCAAUGAAGAUUGUGGAGGAGGAGGAAGAGGAGGUGGCUGAGAUCCAGCCGGACCCUCUCCACCAACUCAUCCUCCACUUCAGCCACAACGCUCUGACAGAGAGAAGUUACUUGGAUGAAGAUCCUUUGUAUAUUGCGUAUGCAGACAUGAUGGCAAAGAGCUGUGCAGAGGAUGAGGAGGAAGAAGAGGAGGAAGGGAAAGAAAAGACUUUUGAGGAAAAAGAGAUGGAAAAGCAGAAGAUCCUGUAUCAGCAGGCGAGGCUGCACGCCCGCGGGGCCGCAGAGAUGGUGCUACAGAUGAGCAGCGCCAGUAAAGGACGUCUGGGCCCCAUGGUCACCUGCACCCUCAAACUAGGAAUCUCCAUCUUAAAUGGAGGCAAUGUGCACGUUCAGCAGAAAAUGCUUGAUUACCUGAAAGAGAAAAGAGAUGUAGGCUUCUUCAAGAGUCUCUCAGGACUGAUGCAGUCUUGCAGUGUUUUGGACUUGAAUGCAUUUGAGAGGCAGAACAAAGCAGAAGGACUUGGCAUGGCGACAGAGGAAGGUUCAACCAACUCUCAGCGGGGUUCCAAGGUGCUACAGAAUGAUGAAUUUACUAAAGAUCUGUUCCGGUUUUUGCAACUUCUGUGCGAGGGGCACAAUGGAGAUUUCCAGAACUUCCUGAGAACUCAAACUGGAAACACAACCACAGUCAACAUCAUUAUCAGCACUGUGGACUAUCUGCUACGUCUUCAGGAAUCUAUUAGUGACUUCUACUGGUACUACUCCGGCAAAGACGUCAUCGAUGAUCCUGGAAGAUUCAACUUCUCCAAAGCUUUAUCCGUUGCCAAGCAGAUAUUCAACUCACUGACUGAGUAUAUUCAGGGCCCUUGUAUCGGGAACCAGCAGAGUUUAGCUCACAGCAGACUUUGGGAUGCAGUUGUUGGCUUCUUGCAUGUAUUUGCCAACAUGCAAAUGAAGCUGUCUCAGGACGCCAGUCAGAUUGAGCUGUUGAAGCAGCUGAUGGAUUUACAGAAGGACAUGAUAGUCAUGUUGCUGUCUCUGCUAGAGGGUAAUGUGGUGAACGGAACAAUUGGAAAGCAGAUGGUGGACACCCUGGUGGAGUCUUCUAGCAACGUGGAGAUGAUCCUCAAGUUCUUUGAUAUGUUCCUCAAACUGAAGGACCUGACGUCCUCUGACAGCUUCAGAGAGUACGACCCUGAGUGCAAAGGCAUUAUUUCAAAGAAGGAGUUCCAGAAGUCGAUGGAGAGCCAGAUGCAGUACAGCCAGUCCGAGAUUGAAUUCUUGCUCAAGUGUACAGAGGCCGAUGAGAAUGACAUGUUCAACUACAAGGACUUUGUGGAGCGGUUCCACGAGCCGGCCAAAGAUAUCGGCUUCAACGUGGCAGUGCUGCUGACCAACCUGUCUGAACACAUGCCGCACGACUCCAGACUCGCCACCUUCUUAGACCUUGCAGAGAGUGUGCUGAGCUACUUUGAGCCUUAUCUGGGUCGUAUUGAAAUCAUGGGCAGUGCAAAGCGGAUAGAGAGGUUGUACUUUGAGAUCAGCGAGUCGAGCCGUGAGCAAUGGGAGAAGCCACAGGUCAAAGAGUCCAAGCGUCAGUUCAUCUUCGACGUGGUCAAUGAGGGCACGGAGAGCGAGAAGAUGGAGAUGUUUGUGAAUUUCUGUGAGGACACCAUUUUUGAGAUGCAGCUGGCCUCGCAGAUCUCUGAGCCAGAUGUGGUUGAACAGCCUGAGGAGGAGGAAGAGGAAGAGGCACACAGUAUCCUAGACGAGCUGGACGGAGAGGAAGAGGGCGCCCUGGAGUCUGCCUCAGCCUUCACUAUGGCAUGCCGCUCGGUCAAGAAGAAGAUUGGCCACGUCCGCCAAAUCUUUUCUGUUAAAAACGUACGCAAGCAGUUCAAGAAAAUCAAGAAGCUGAGCAUCAAGGAGACUAUCACCGGCUUCUUCUCCUUCUUCUGGAUGCUCUUCAUCGGCUUCUUCAAGGGAAUCCACGGCCUCAUCUUUGGGUUCUUCCACGUCAUCUGGUCCUCCAUGUUUAGCGGCGGCCUGGUUGAGGGAGCCAAGAACAUAAAGGUGACGGACAUCCUCGGAAACAUGCCUGACCCGACCCAGUUCGGUAUCCACGGGGAUGUGAUUGAAGGAGAGAAAGUGGAGGCCAUAGAGUCAUCGGGAAGAUUAAAUACAGCCAUGGCACCAGCAGGCGACUUAGAGGUGGAUGCGAUGUUGGAUAUGCUUUCGAAUCCCAAGAAGGAAGGAGGAAAACAUGUGGAGCCGGGCCUGGGUGAUGUUUCUGAGUUGAGUGCAGAGACCUCCACUGCUGAUCACAAGAAAGCUGCUGCCAAGCCUGUCGAAAUGCCCAAGAGCGAACCGGAGAAAGCAGACACGGAGAACCAGGAAAAGGAGGAUAAGCCAAAGAAGGAGGAGGAGGAGGAGGAGGCCAAGGAGCCAGUGGCGGAGGAGAAGCCCAAGACCAGAUCGAGUCACCCUAAAGAGGCUGCGCCGGCCUUCAUGUUGAGUAUCUUUGCUGUUCUGGAGGUCUAUGUGUCCAAGAUGCUGAACUUCCUGGCCCGUAACUUCUACACCCUGCGUUUCCUGGCUCUGUUCGUGUGUUUUGCCAUCAACUUCAUUCUUCUCUUCUACAAGGUCACUGGUGAAGCUGACGAAGAAGUAGAUGAGGGAAAAACGUGGGACGGCGAGGAGGAUGAUGGUGUGAACACAUUUUUCGACAUGGAUGAGUUUGUGCUGCAGGAGAGCUCCGGCUACAUGUUACCAACCCUGCGCUUCCUGGCUAUAUUCCACACUGUCAUCUCAUUUGUGUGUCUGUUCGGUUACUACUGUCUGAAGGUUCCUUUGGUGGUGUUCAAGAGGGAGAAAGAGAUCGCCAGGAAGCUUGAAUUCGAUGGCCUCUACAUCACCGAACAGCCGGGUGACGAUGACAUCAAGGGCCAGUGGGAUCGACUCGUCAUCAACACACCGUCUUUCCCCAGCAACUACUGGGACAAGUUUAUCAAGCGCAAGGUGAUCAACAAAUACGGUGACCUCUAUGGAGCGGAACGCAUCGCUGAGCUCUUAGGCCUGGAUAAGAGUGCUCUGGACUUUGACCCCACAGUGGAGACGGUAGAGAAGGAAGCUUCCCUGCUCUCCUGGCUGUCCUCCAUUGAUACAAAGUACUACAUCUGGAAAAUGGGUGUGGUUCUGACUGACAAUUACUUCCUGUAUCUGAUCUGGUACGCCAUCAUGUCCAUCUUCGGACACUUCAACAACUUCUUCUUCGCUGCCCAUCUGCUGGACAUCGCCAUGAGCGUCAAGACCCUUCGCACCAUCCUGUCUUCCGUUACCCACAAUGGCAAGCAGCUUAUGCUGACUGUGGGUUUGCUGGCCGUGGUCGUCUAUCUGUACACCGUGGUGGCCUUCAACUUCUUCAGGAAGUUCUACAAUAAGAGCGAGGAUGAAGACGAGCCCGACAUGAAGUGUGAUGAUAUGAUGACGUGCUAUUUGUUCCACAUGUAUGUGGGUGUGAGAGCUGGUGGUGGUAUUGGAGACGAGUUGGAGGACCCAGCUGGAGACGCCUAUGAGCUCUACCGCAUCCUGUUUGACAUCACCUUCUUCUUCUUUGUCAUUGUCAUUCUGCUGGCCAUCAUUCAGGGUUUGAUCAUUGAUGCCUUUGGUGAGCUUAGAGACCAGCAGGAGCAGGUGAAGGAGGACAUGGAGACCAAAUGCUUCAUCUGCGGCAUCGGGAACGACUACUUUGACCGGACGCCUCACGGGUUUGAAACCCACACCUUACAAGAGCACAACCUAGCCAACUACCUGUUCUUCCUGAUGUACCUGAUUAACAAGGACGAGACUGAACACACGGGUCAGGAGUCGUUUGUGUGGAAGCUGUACCAGGAGAGAUGCUGGGACUUCUUCCCCAUCGGAGACUGUUUCCGGAAGCAAUACGAGGACCAGUUGGGUUAGAGAGGGCCACUCUUGUGUUGUGCCUCUCUACUUACCUUCCAUCUGAAAGGGACAGUGAACUUGACCACUCUCUGGACUUUGUCUGCUGCCAUGGCGAUACACAAAAAACAAAUUCAAGAAAACGAUUUUAAGACGACCGACGAUGGGACAUGUUGGGUUUGUGCGUCCAAGUCCUUGUUACCGAAAAAAAAGUCACUUGCCACGACGCCUCUUAUAUGCAAAGUCUUCUGUCGAUUCUGAUUCACAUUGCCUUUUCACUUGCUUAACCCCAACCUGUUGCACAAUUUGUUGUGUGUCGACAUUUGAUACACGAGAAGGGUUACAGCGUGACAACUGAAUGUCUGAAUAUGCACAAUUUCUAGGUUAACGCCAGGAUGUUCGUGUCAUGUUUUAUCAAACCAACUGAAUGGAUGCGUGCUUCUAGUGUGAUCAGUAUUGAUCCAGUAAACAUUAUACACGACACGAGUGAAACCUAAUCUGCCUUUUAAUAUCCGUCAGAUGAAAACUGUUCGUCCAGGACCACAGACGACAUACUUUAGGAGUUAUCAAGUGCCGGCGUGCCUUAUGAGAAACUAUGCAAAAAAAGAUUUUCUUUUCCCUCCUGACACAAGCAGUGCUCUUGCUCUGGAUUAGUUACAAGCAGAUGUAGCUCAAGAUAGUUUUGUGGCUUUUAAAUUAUAAAAAGAGAAAACAUUCGUUGUAUAAAAUCUAGAUGAUAAUUGUGUAAAUGUAGCUUAGUUUGGUUGUUUCUGAGCCGUGACUUGCCCACAGUAGAUGAGCCCCGAAACAGAGGAAAAACAAAGACGUAGUUCAAGGAUUUAUUGACGGUUCGCUGCUGUUGUAUGGCUAUUUGUAUGUAUGUAGUCGCUUUGGUAAAGUGCAUUUCUUUUGAUGAGGAAAUUAAUAAAGCAACUUAACGCAAUAAAGCAACGUUUCACUUUC